UGGGGCUAGUGAGAAGUGAGCGGAAGUAAUGUGUGCAAACUCAUGGUCAGGACCUUGACACAGGAAGUUGAUUGUUCUCUAAUUUUUCUCUCUCUCCUUUCCAAUACCUGGAGGACAGACUUGCUAAUUCAGAGGAAAACAGCACUCCAGGGGAUGGUAGAUACAGGAAGUGUCUCCCUAGGUUCACAGCAACCUGUCAACCUUACAAUUCUGAGUACUUGACUCUUAAUUGGCUGGCAUGCAUGAUUGCAUAAUAACCCAGAUUGUAUCAUGCAUUUGCACUAGUGAGCCUUUGACUGCAGGUGGGCCUGAUGUUCUGCGAAAUCCCAGCUUCCCGUUUGGCUCCUGGAUCCACCCAGGCCUGAGGAUGGCCCGUACUAUGGAUCCACUGGCAAAGAAGAUCUUUAAAGGAGUUUUAGUAGCUGAACUUGUGGGCAUUUUUGGAGCAUAUUUUUUGUUUAAAAAGAUGAACACAAGCCAAGAUUUCAGGCAAACAAUGAGCAAGAAAUUCCCUUUCAUCUUGGAAGUUUAUUACAAAUCCACUGAACACUCUGGAAUGUAUGGCAUCAGAGAGCAAGAUCAAGAAAAAUGGCUGAACAGCAAAAACUAGGAAUUUGACCAUCGAUCAAAGUUCGUCCUAUUUCAUAGUAUCAGGCAAGAUUACAAUUCUAAAGUUGACAUGGAUGGAUUUUAGACUAUUUAAGUGUAAACUCUAAGUCAGAGGUUUCGUUCUAAGAAAUUGAUGGAAGGUUUGUUUAUUAUGUGAUAAAUGGAGUUUUGUUUACUACUCAAAAUAAACCUGUUCUUUAAAAAAAACUCCCCUAUAAUUCUAAACAUAUAAACCUUUCAAAAUAGAUAAGAUAGUAAAAUAUCUAUUUUUAAUAUUUA